AUGGGACGCCAGGACUUGAUUGAUGUGCCGUAUCAUAAUGAUCGCGACUAUGAUAAUACUGGAAAUUCUAGAUCUAGACUGUUAAAUCACGCACAUAAUAAAGAACAAUCCUCGUUCAUUACAAAGAAUAGUAGUGGUGGUCAUUAUCCUGAUGACCACUAUUAUGAUGAUGAUAUAAAUGAGGAUGAUCUAUAUUAUGAUGAUGAUGAUGUUGAUCAACAUUAUGAUAACUACAACUAUGCUCAUAUCGAUCAUUCCCCUAGAAAACCACAUGGGAAAGGGAAAGGGAAAGGGAAACAUGAUUCAAAUGUUCAAUCACAUAAUCACCAAUAUCGUCAAGAUGAUUAUAUCUUUGCAAAUGGUGUUCAGUUUCCCAAAAUUAUUCCCAAAAAUUAUCGUAUAUAUGAGAAUUACAUGUAUACCAAAAAUAAUUUGUGGAUGAUUCGACCACCUGAUCCUAGCUCAGUAUCUCAUUUAAAUUAUAAAAUACGGGAUUCAUACAAUCCUUUUCAAGAAAAGCUUUAUCGUCAAGUGAUGCAAAAUUCAUUAUCAAUUGACUAUGCAGAACCACGAUCACCACCAUCAUCAUCAUCACCUCGUAAAAAUCUGGCUGAUAGUCAAAAGUCAUUGCUGGUUGCAAGACCUGUAGGACCAAGAAGAAUGGUAUCAGACGAUCAAAUAGAUUCAAAAGUUGAACGAAAGAUCACACAUAGAUCAGAUUUGGAGGAUGAUUCGACUAAUCCACAAGCUCACCACCGUGAACAUCAACCACAGGUACAACAACAGGCACAACCACAAGUACAACCACAGGCACAACCACAGGCACAACCACAGGCACAACCACAGGCACAACCACAGGCACAACCACAGGCACAACCACAGGCACAACCACAGGCACAACCACAGGCACAACCACAGGCACAACCACAGGCACAACCACAGGCACAACCACAGGCACAACCACAGGCACAACCACAGGCACAACCACAGGCACAACAAUCCACUACCAUAUCACGAGAAGAGAAGAAUGAUUCACUGGAUUCAGAUGUACCUUUAACUGCAAGACCUGUUCUUGGAACGUUAUUCAAACUGAGUAAAUAUCGUGCUUUUAAAAAAACUAGUGGUAUCUCCAAACCAAAAGCUCCACCUACUUUUUUGGUCACCUUCAAAUUACCAUUAAAGACUCCUCCAGAAUCACCUCCAUCUCCUUUAAAUGACACUUUAAAACUACAGUCACCUCCAACUUUUAUGGUUACACUAAAGGUUCCCAAUAAGAAACAAGCUACCAUAUCCACCAACAAUUCGUCUGUGAAAUCGGAAAUAUUGACAACACCAUUUACACUUCGUGAACAAGCAAAAAAAUUAGUAGAAAUUGAAAAUCGUAUUAAAUAUGUGAAACGAGUGUUGAUGGAUCUCGAUGGAGAACUGAAACUUAAAGGAUUAACAAGAACUCGUAAAAGAAAAGCCCAAAAGAAGAGAGCUAUUAUGAGACAACUAUUGCAAGAUAAGGAAGAUUUGUUAAAUUGUGAAGUAGAUUCAGAUAAUGAGAGUGGUGGUUCUAGUCGUAGUAUUUCACCAGAUGUAGCACCUAUUGACGAAGUAAGCAUUGCUUCUGAAUUUAAAAUAAGAUCACUAGUUGAAUGUGUUCCGGAGGUUCAUAACGCUCCAGAGGUUAAUGCUCCAGAGGUUAAUGCUCCAGAGGUCAAUGCUCCAGAGGUUAAUGCUCCAGAGGUUAAUGCUCCAGAGGUCAAUGCUCCAGAGGUUAAUGCUCCAAAUAUUAAUGCUCCAAAUAUUAAUGAUGUUCCAAAUACUAAUGAUGGUCCAGAACCUAAUAAUAUCCCAGAGCCUAAUAAUGGUCCAGAGCCUAAUAAUAGCCCAGAGCCUAAUAAUGGUCCAGAGCCUAAUAAUGGUCCAGAACCUAAUAAUGGUCCAGAGCCUAAUAAUAGCCCAGAGCCUAAUAAUGUCACAGAGGUCAAUAGAGCUGCUGAAGCUAAUAAUGUUCCAGAGAUUUCUAAUGUUCCAGAGACUUCUAAUGUUCUAGAGGUCAAUGAUAUCCCUGAGGCUAAUAAUGUUUUAAAAUCCAGGACUGUGAAAGAAUUUAAAAAUGCACCCCACCCUAGAUUUCAACAUGAUAUUAAUAAUAUUCCAAAAUCAAACCACCGUCCUUCUAAUACGGUCAAUUCCCGUACUACAGCAACAAGUUAUACCAACUCACAUAGUCACAGCGGCUACUCUAAUGAUAAUAGAUUUUCUAAACCUCACAAUAAUUCUAAAUACCAUAACAUGCCAGAUCAAUAUGAAUCUUAUCGUAAUGAACCUACUUGGGAUCAACCCAUGGAAGCUUCAUCUCCUUUUAAUAGAAUACCAGAUGUUCACAGGCAUAAAAGAAUGGUACAUAAAAAUAAAUAUGCACCUAAAAAAGGAAUACUUAAAAAAGUAUCUAGAUAUGCUGAUUCUAGUUAUUUGCAUGAAAUUUCUUUAAGGAGAAGAUCUCAUCAUAAUGAAAAUGAUUAUGAUAAUUCUAGAAGAAAAGUAGAAUUUGGUGGAGUUACAGUUUGGAGUUGA